AUGGAAGAACAACAUUCUAUGAUAAAUAAUAAUAAUAAUAAUUCAAAUGAAAUUGUUCAAAUAACGUCACUAUCAAAUUCUCGUCAUUUACAAAUUCGUCGAGGUAUUUUACGACAAACAACAAAUUUACGUUCAUCACCAUAUAAUGCAACCUUAUCAAAUUUAAGACGACGACAAACAUCUCUUAUAGCUUCUCAAACUAUAAAUAAUUUAAUAAGUAAUAUUGAUAAUAAUGAUAUUACUAAUAAUAAUAUUCAAACUAAUGUUAAUAUAUCAUCUAUUGAACAAGAUGAUAUUGAAAUGUUUAUACCAGAAAAUGAAAUAGUUCAAAAUAAUUUUCUUGUUACAUCUGAUGAUGAAAAUGAUAAUGAAAAUUUUGAAGUAUUAGUUGAUUUUUCAAAUACAUCACCAAUAGAUUUAACUAUUACAAAUGAAAAUCAUAAUUCAAAUAAUGAACAAAGUCAAUCUUAUCAUUCAUUAUCAACUAUUGAUUUUGAUCCAGAUGAUGAUGAUAAUGAUGAUGAUCAUCGUUUUUAUUAUACAUCAACAUCCAUACCUGUUCUUGAUUAUUCAUCAUCAUCAUCAUCAUCAACAACAACAACAACUGAACCAUUAAUUAUUCACAACAACCAAAUUGAUAUGACACAACAUCAAUAUUAUGAUGAAUAUUCACCAUCAAUCAAUCAUAAUUCAAAUAAUAAUGAAGAUUUAAGUAUUGAAAUUAUAUUAGAAACUGCACAAAAUAAUACAUUAACAAGAACACCACGACGAAGACGUUCAAUUAUUUCAUCAAGUAUUCGAAAUAAUCGAGGUUUACGUUUAUCAGAUAUAUUAAGUAUACCACAAAAAAUUUAUAGUUCAUUAAAAGAACGAUUUGAUGAUAAAUAUCAACAAACAAUUAUGAUUAAUACACAAUGUUAUAUUUGUUUAGAAGAUUUUCAAUCUAUUGAUUCAAUUAAAAUACUUAAUUGUCAACAUAUUUUUCAUAGUGAAUGUAUCAACGAAUGGUUACGUUCUCAUUCAAAUUGUGCUUAUUGUCGAACAACUGUUCUUAUUGAUAUGUUACGAUCAUCAUCAAUAACAACAACACGACGUCGACAAAGAACACGUGUAAGACGAAAUCAUAAUACAAUUACAGAAUCUCCUACAAAUAAUUCACUUCAAUCAAUUUCUAUCGAAUCUUCGACGUUUGAACAACAACAAUCUUAA